AGGGGGCGGGGAGGCUUCUCGUGACGUCAUGACGUCGGUGAGAGGAUCCUUGCCAUUUGGCUGACGUUCCCUGUGACAGCUCGACGCCCCACGAUGGCGUGUAUGUCGCGCGUGGUACAGCGGGGCUCCAUGUUUGCCGCGCGGAUCAGAAAGCAGGAGUGGAUGUGCAGUUUCGCGGGUCUUUCUGUCCGAUACCACAGCACCAAAACGGCUCCGCACGCACGGAGGAUGGAGUACCAGGACGCCAUCUGCACUCUGAACACCCUCCAGACAAACGCCAGCGCUCUGGAGCAGGUACGACGGGAGCGGGGCCUCCCUCAACUGCAGCUCCAAGCCAUGCGAGGCUUCCUGGAGCGAACCGGUCUCACUGUGGAGGAACUGGAUCAUCUUAAUAUUAUUCAUGUGACGGGAACAAAGGGCAAGGGGUCAACGUGUGCGUUUACAGAGUACAUUUUGAGAAGCUACGGCUUUCGUACAGGAUUUUAUAGUUCCCCACACUUGGUACAAGUCAGAGAGAGGAUUCGAAUCAACGGACAGCCUAUUGGAAAAGAGCUGUUCACUAAAUACUUCUGGCAGGUUUAUGGACGGCUGGAUGAAACUAAGGAUGCUCAUGGAGGGACCAUGCCAGCAUACUUCCGUUUCCUCACCAUCCUGGCUUUCCAUGUGUUUCUUCAGGAGAAGGUGGAUUUGGCAGUAAUAGAAGUUGGAAUUGGUGGAGCAUAUGACUGUACCAAUAUUAUCAGGAGGCCGUGGGUGUGUGGCAUCUCCUCUCUGGGUAUAGACCACACUCAGAUUCUUGGAGACACCAUUGAAAAGAUCGCCUGGCAGAAAGGAGGCAUUUUUAAGCCAGGUGUUCCUGCCUUCACAGUCAAACAGCAAGAGAACGCCAUGACUGUGCUCAAGGACCGAGCCAAGGAGAUGAAAUGUCCACUGUGGGUGUGUCCAGAGCUGGAGGAGUAUCGGACAGACCUGGGCGGUCCUCUGCGUCUUGGUCUGGCAGGGUUGCACCAGCACAGUAACGCCUCCCUGGCGCUCCAGCUGAGUCACACCUGGUUGCAGAAGAGAUGUUUAUCAGAGAAAAGCUGUUCUUCCACUGACACUGAGAACACUGCAGGUGUACUGCAGGCCACUUCCUUCAAGCUCAGCCCCAUCAUGGUGAAAGGGCUGGCAGACACCGAGUGGCCUGGGAGGAAUCAGACGCUGAGACAUGGAGCAGUCACUUACUUCCUGGAUGGAGCUCACACCAUGCGCAGUAUGCAGGCCUGUGUACAGUGGUUUAGAGAGACUGCAGCGCAGCAUGAGAGGAAAGCACGUGGAACUGUGGCCAGAGUUUUACUGUUCAACGCCACAGGAGAGAGAGAUUCAUCAGCCAUGCUUAAACUACUGGUGCCGUGCCAUUUUGAUUUCGCCGUGUUCUGCCCGAACAUCACUGAGGCCAUCGCCUCUUCUAAUGCAGACCAGCAGAACUUCAACGUGUCAGUGGAGAACAUGUUGACUCGUUGUCUGGACAACGAGGGCAGUUGGCGUCUUCACCACAGGAAGGGCGACAACAACAACGAUCCACAGCUGCUCAUCGGGGACACCUUGCCCCUGGUGCCUGAGAAGAAAGCGGACACGCUGGUCUUCCCCUGCAUCCUCAGCGCCCUCCAGUGGAUUACCCAGGGCAGGGACUCGGUGCUGGCCGACGCGUCAAAGAGAGUCCUCGCCGUGAAACCCAGCGUCACGGCCAAAGCUGCUCCGCUCUGCGCCGCGGCCGAGAUCCACGUCCUCAUCACCGGCAGCCUCCACCUGGUGGGAGGAGCCCUCCGGCACCUGGACCCCGCUGCCUCCAAGUAACUUCAUAGUCGUGUGAGAAUCCAGACACAGGUGCUCCUCAUUCACAGCGCAGCUGCAGACCAAAGAGGGGUCUGUGUCUGUGCAGAUGAGCCGUUAGUGGUCAGUGACGUCCGGUGUUUACUUGAAUGGUCGGAGGCAGCUGCACAUUCACACACUGCCUUGGUAAAGUGAGCGCACGCACGUGUGCAGCUCAUGUCUUUUAGUCUUACAUGAAGUGUUUACAUGAUGGUGCAGUCUGACGCCACUGAGGUGAUAUCACCGUUAUUACAAACACUUAAAGGGAGAGAGUUCGGGUCUUUUGAAAUGAGGUUGUGACUCCUGUACUUAGACACUGAGGCUCACGGGUAACGUGGCUGCCUGCAGUGACACAAAGAAAAGAAGAUUUACAGUAGGAAUUAUGUUUGCCGCGUCAUCUCGCCGUUAAAAAACAGGAAGGUGAAGUUUGUAAAGCAGUCACUCUCCCACACCACAGCACACAGGAGGUGUUGAUCCAUUGCUGCCACACGAGGCAGCAGUAGUAGACCUGCAGCUCCUGUGAUCUUCUCUCUGGUGUGGGGGGAGGGAUCCGCUCACAAACCUCCCAUUUCCUGCCUCACUUCAGAAGCUUGAUUUUUAUUUUUGUGACGAUUGCUGCUCCAAAAAAAAGUAUAGAAUCGUGCAAAAGUUUGAUUUCAUGGUUUGGGGGGAGAUGUCUCACUCGUUUCUAUAGUAACCGACAAUCGUCUGAGCUUAAAAUCUGCGGUUGCAACUAACGAUUAUUUUCAUUAGCAAUUCAAUUCUCACUGAAUGAGUAAGAAAUGUAGUUAAUCACAAUAGUUACUGCAGCGUGACUUCAUUCUACUGAGAGGACGAAGAAGAAAACAGGAGAGCAAGAGGAAGAACGUGAUGCUAAAUAACAACUGUAUACACAACACAGUUACAACGCCAUAACGGAAAAAAAUAAGAAUGAGAAAAGAUUAAAAAAUGAGUCAAUAAUAAUAAUAUAUAUAUACAUAGGAAGAUGGAAUUAUCAACAAAAGAAAGACUUUACUGGAUGAAAAAGAGGAUCUCAUGGAUUUUGGAGGCUUUUUUUAUAAAGUAGACCAAUAUUGCCAGGAUGUGUCAUCGUGAUGGGUGUGUAGACUCUUUUGUGUGUCUGUUGCAUUCGUUGUGUCUCUCACUCGACACAUUUAACGGACGUACGCUGAAUGAAUCUUGUGAAUGUGUUUUUUCUGCUUUUUAAUCGAUGGAAACACAUUUUUGCACACUGUCUACUUUCGACAACAUGUGACGACGACGUCUCCUCUGCUGUAGAUUGAGUGUAAAUAUUCCAACACUACGUGUCGACGUCAUGGAUUCGUGCACCCGCCAAUCAAAUGUAGUGUAAUGGGAUUUACACUGGAAUUACACAAGUGCUCCUUAAUUUAUUAUUAAUCCUGAAUAAUAAGUACAUGCAGUUACUGUAUGUAUGAAUGAUGGUCUGUGUACAGUGCAGUCAUCGCCUUGUGGUGUUGCCAAAUAAGGUUUCAACACAAUAAACUGCACCCGCUUUGUUCCUGUGGAUCAGUGGAAACUUAAAAAGUCCUUAAUGAGGGCUCGUCUUUGUCAGCGGUGAAUGUGAGAGCUCUGUUCAUCACAUGUCCAAUAACACCGACUUUAUUAAACCCUAAUGUUAAAACUGUGUCAACCAUUGUGUUUAAUAUUAUUCUAUGGGUAAAUCCAUAUGAUUUGUGCGUUAAACAGUUUAAUUUGAGACUUUGGAAGUUGGGCUUUAUGAGGGACUAACUCAAAGUCAGUGUCUUUAUGUCUACACUAUCUGAAGAAUGUGUUCACGUCAUUAUCUCACUGUUAGACACAAGAGGAAGCUGAAGUUUGUCGUUGUAAAUAUAGAUAUAUAAAUAUCUUAUUUUGUCACCUCAGUGUUUGAACUCCUUAGAAAAAACCCACACAUUCUAUAUCAAAACGUGCAGUUCGAUUGGGAAUGGUGUGCUAUAACUUUUCUUAGCGCGUAACCAUGGUGUCAAAAAUCGCAUAGAAUUUCCACAUACACAUGAAUGGGAAACGGGUUGAAAAAAAUAAUCAGAACCAAGCCUCACAGUGUCGUCAUACUUUCCCGUAGAGACGCGGUUGGAACUUUAAACGGGUCGCAAGAUUCUGUAGUUUUCUCACUUAAGUCGAAGUUUUGAUACAUAAUACGUUUUUUAAACAAUCGCAGUUUACAUUUUGUACUUUUAUUGGACGUUUUUUUAUAAGAUUUAAUCCUAAACCCUAAUGCAAACUCCACCCAGAGAGGCCAGCACGGGACAUGAACCGGCAACCGUACUCGCCCCCCCUGUGCCAUCCUUUGUUUUCAUUCGUUAUCGUGUGUUCAGUGUAAACAACGUCAGGCUUCAGACAAAUGUUUGUGUGCUGGACUAAAUCACCCGUGAACCUGUUUCUCUUGUACGAGUCCACAGACAGAGAGGACUGUGGGUCUGCUGUCUCACAGACACUGAGACACUGAGAGACACUUUUAGACUUUUUUUUUCAGGAUCUUCCUCUCGAGACACAAGAAAGGUCAUCGUCCCAGAAGAGCUCAUGAGGGCGAAACGAGACGUCUGGAUGACUGCAGACUCCGUGUGUGAUAUUUGAGCCAUCGUUGCUUCAAAUAUCACGUUUAUUUAUGUUUUAUUGAAGGUUUCAUUGAUGGUUCAGAAGUUUAAAGAAAACAAAACCUGAAGACAACUGUCACAUGCAAGGUGACACAUUUAGAAUACAAUAAAACCAGACAUAAACCAUUAA